UUGUUUUUCCCGCCCCUUAGCACAUUGAAUGCAACCGUUUCGGAACUACAGUCGCUUCAGUCCCGCGCAGCCGCAGUUGUGAGUUUAAUGGGCGGGUCGAGGAAGCGCCUCUGGAAUGAUUUGCCGACCACCCCUCAGAUAUCGACGUGACAAGGGCGACGGAAGGAUUACAAGAUGACAGAACGGGCAAACAACUUUCCUCCCCUGCCUAAAUUCAUAAAAGUGAAGCCAUGCUUUUAUCAGAAUAUCCAGGAGGAAAUUCCCGCCCAACAUCAGCAGCUGGUGAAGCGAAUCUUCACACUUUGGAUAAUUUAUUCGGCGACACUGUGCUUGAAUGUGAUUGGCUGCAUCGCCUGGUGGGCCGCGGGGGGUAAUGGCUCCAACUUUGGCUUCUCAUUGCUCUGGCUCAUCCUCUUCAGUCCUGCCAGUUACAUCUGCUGGUUCAGGCCCAUCUACAAAGCUAUCAGAGCGGAUAGCUCAUUCAACUUCAUGGUCUUCUUCUUCAUCUUCUUCCUUCAGCUGGUGCUGGCUAUCAUCCAGUGUUUGGGCAUCAGCAACUGGGGCAUGUGUGGCUGGAUUGCUACGGUGACAUUUUUCAGUUCCAAUGCAGCCGCCGCCACAGUGAUGCUUCUCACCACGCUGCUCUUAACACUGGUGACCGCCUUAAUGGCAUUGGUGCUCAUCAAGGUGCACAGACUGUACCGUGGCAGUGGGGGCAGUGUGACACGGGCUCAAGAAGAGUGGGGCACCGGCACUUGGAAGAACGCGCCACCCAAGAGUGAGUUCAGCAGUGUUGACCAGAUGGCUCAAGGCCCCACCUUGCCCGAGUACCCUGCAACCGUACCCAGUUAUGUGGACAACCGAAGCUGGUAAAAGUCCAGCAACACCCCUCUCACCGAAAGAGACAGUUACAGGGCAAUAGAUGCAAUUUUAUUCCCUAUCCACCCACACAUCUUUGAUGGAGGACAGUAUUUUCUUUGUACGCAUUUUUGAAUUACAAGUGUUUAGUGUGGUGCCUUUAAUUUAAUUUGUUCUGCGGCCCUGCUCAUACACCGAAAUGAAUGAAAAUACAACCAUUUUACAUUAGCCUUAAAAAGAAAUGGCUCACACAUAAUUUCAUUUUGGGAAAAAAAAUGCACCAGAAAUUCAUGUAGGCAAAGACUCUCCCUAAUUUCCGCCAUCGAUGCAAGCUACAUUUAGCUCCUCCCCAACAUACAACAAUGUUAGUGUCUGAGUUGCGAUGUAUCAGAUCAACAAACAUACUGUACUUAUUUGACACCAAUGAGUACCUUCCUUUGGCCCCAUCUUGUGGCCUCUUAGAAACAAACAUCACAAGAAAUUUUCAAAAAGUGAGAUUUUCAGGAAAUUGGUGGGGGUAGAAUCCAGAGGAAAAAGAAAACCACAAAUAGGUAAAAUUGUAAAGAGGAAAACACGAACAGGCAGCAUCUAUUAUAAUGCAGUCUUAAACAAUGUUAUUAUGUAUGUCAAGUUAAACUGGAAUUUAAUGAAUAAAGACUCAAGGGUGAAUCAUUUUGGAGUGACCACCGUGUCGAAACCUACUGGGAUGCUCAUCUUUAUUGAAAGACUCAGUGUCCGUGUGAUUUUAACGUCGCGCAGGGAAAGUCUUCAUCGGAGAUUACUUGCGUGCUAUAGUAGGAGCUCCUGUUGUGUCUCGCGACAGUGCCAACUGUGUACAACAGUAAAUACAACUAUACUACCGUUCGCCUAAUAGCAUAUUUGCCCAAGUUAUUAUAAGACAUUUUCCAAAACACACAACAAAUUUAACGAAUUGCCUCGAUUCAACCUUUUUGGAUUAACAUGACCCUGAUGACUGAGAAUAUACACUGACAUAAAGAACAAAGUCAAAUUUUAGCAAGCACAUUGUUUUUUUUUUUGUAUAUUCCUAUUGUGACAAGUUAAAAAUUGCAAUUUUUUUUGGUGUGUGUGUAUAAGAUUGCCAUAUUAAUAAACAACAAAUUUUGCUUUGAGAACCCCAUCUCCCGAUAUUGUUGAAAGAGCGACACUUUUGACGGUGAAGCGCAUGUGCCUUAUCUACUGUAUCAUCGAGUCUUAAGACAUCUGACUGGAGAUUUGCUUUCGGAAUAUCAAUCAUGUGUUUUGCAUGUGAUGAAUCGUCACUUGGACUCACUGAACUAAGUUAGUAAACAACGCUGGACCAGACCUUGUUUGCGAUUUUCCAUGUUUUGCCGUCUGCAGAUUCCAGGUGGGCUUUACAAAGAUUUGUUUCGUCCAGCUCUUGUGGCCUCUGGUGAAAUUUGAGCUUCAAUUUCAGUACAAUGUAUAUGUUAUUUACUGCAUAUGUAACAAUGUAUAUAGUGCCUGUGCAUUUGGGUUAAGACUGUGAAUGUCAUACUGGAAAACAAAUAAACAAAACAUUGAAUGGAAAAGAAGAUGUAAUGGAAGGUUUCAACUGAA